AUGGAGAGCCCCCGUCUCCGGCCGCUGACUGUCUUGGGUGCCGCCCUGCUUUUUCUGCUACCGCUGUUGGGUGUCCGUGCCCAGGAGGAUGCUGAGCUCCAGCCCCGAGCCCUGGACAUCUACUCCGCCGUGGAGGAUACCUCCCAUGAGAAGGAGCUGAUCGAAGCGCUACAGGAAGUCCUGAAGAAGCUCAAGACUAAAAGUAUUCCGAUCUAUGAGAAGAAGUAUGGCCAAGUCCCCAUGUGCCACGCUGGGGAGCGGUGCGCAGUGCGAAAAGGAGCACGGAUUGGGAAGCUUUGCGACUGUCCCCGAGGAACCACCUGCAAUUCCUUCCUCUUGAAGUGCUUAUGAGGCUUCCACCCUCCUCCAUAA